CUCUUACACUCAUUCAGCCUCUGUGAGAGGAGGCACUGGCAUGGAGGUAAAAAGUUACCAGCCCACAUCCAGGUGAAGCAGGACGAUGACGUUCAACUUCCUGCCAGAACGCAGAUCAAACCAAGUUUUGAAGUCAGUCUGGGAGAUGGGCUCUUGGUGCUGGCCUGGCUCAGUCAAAGAAGGAGUUGUCCCAGCGUCCAGAGGGUGGCUGCGAAGGUUCUUAUUUUUGAAGCUGGUGAUGGUGCUGCUGUUCCCCCACGCUGCAGGCCUCCCCCUGCUGGUGGGCUGUGUGCUCAGCCUGCGGGCCCUGUUACUGCUCUGCUCCCCUCACAUCUCCACUAAGCCCUCCACUGUGCUGCUGGGCCGGCUGGCUCUCGCAGACAGUCUCCUGCUGCUGCGCUGGAUGCUUCAGCUGGGAGCAACACUGGCCUGGUGGAUGGAGGAAGAAGAGGAGGAGGUGGGUUUUGAGACCGAGAUGGGCCACAUGAGGGAGGGGAGUUCCUUUUGGUGGAGGGAGGCUGUGAGUGCGCUCUGUCAGCAGCUGCUUGAUGCUCACCACCUGGCCUCUCUGCUCCUGCUGGGGCUGCUGGGACUGGAGGCCACGCUGGUGUCUCGCUGGCCUCAGCAGACUCGCAGAUUCAGGACUUCUUACUGGGCUCAGCUCAGCUGCAGCCUGGUCUGGAUAAUUGUGCUGCUAGAACUGUUCUUCUCACUUCACUCAAAACUUUUAAAAGACUCCAGGCCUCAGACUUAUUCCCCAACGCUACAAAAUCCCCAGAGUUCCUCUCUGGGUCUGGAGCCUCUUCUCUCCCUUUCAGCUUUCUCCUCCUGCCUGAGGAGGUCAUUAUGGCUGGUAAAUUUAUGGCUGCAUUAUGCUGUCCUCUACAGCAAACCACAGAGGAGAAAGAGCUCCUUUCACUGAAAGUCUUCUGUACAAUAUUCCUUGGUAUUUUUAUAUUUUAUUUAUAUAAUAAAACUAUUUUUAAUAUAUGUAGUAGAUAUUCUGAGUAAAUAAUAAUUUUUAUGGGCCUGUAGCAAGACUGUGUAACUUUAACUGAGCAAUGGCUCCUGUGGCUAAAAAUUCACACAACCUAACACAGUGUGUUUACAUGACCUUUUUGAUUUUGUGAUAAAAUCACUGAAAUGUUUAUGUGUGUCACACUAAAACAGAGUGUAACAGUAGCACAAGUACAAGUACAGGACACAGCUGGUCAUACCAGAUAAACUGAGGCUGUAGUUGUGUAUUGAAUAGAGUAAAUAUGCUUUUUAUUCCUUUGAACUUGACUCUUCAUUUGUAGUAAAAAGAACACUGUGUUAUGUCUUCU